GUUUCUCAUCAAAUAAAAGGGAGAGAAUAAAAAAACAUAAAAAAAGAGCUGUAUAUACAAAGAGAAAAUUACAAAAAAAGAAAAAGACAAGAGAAAAAAAAAAACAAGAAGAAUAUAUAAGAUGGGAAACGCAAAGAUUGUUCUGGUUGUGCUGUGCCUCGCCGUGUGCGUUGGAAUUUGCAGACCAGAUUCCCCCGCCACUUCGCCUUCUCCCUCCCAAAAAUCGGAUUCUCCUCCCUCUUUUGCUUCCUGGGCUUAUGAUAAGUUUUCCCAUGUUUUCGGGCCCUACAGGAACGAUGAACCAGUAUUGCCUCGAACCACCGAGAAUUUACAAACUGGAUUUGGUACCGGACUUGGUGCUCCGGUGGAAGCACCCGCACCUGGACCUUUUGCCUCAGCUCCACAGCCAUCUUCUGAAGCCGCACAACAAGCAUUUUCAUAUGGAAAAGACAAGGCUUACGACAUUAAAGACAAAGCAGAAGUGGCUUAUGAGGACGCUAAAGAUAAAGUGGAGAGUGCAUACCAGUCAGCAAAGAAAACAGUGACUUAACUAAGUAGAAGGUUGCAAAGUUCUGUGGAGGCUACUAGGGACAUUUAGUUAGAUUGUGAAUAAAAUACCAUGAUAGGUGGAAGAUAUAGGGAUAGAGAGCUUUGUGUUCCUGGCAAAGCCUCAGCUAUAUCGAGAGUUAUAUCAGCAUCGGUAUAACGAAUAUGUUUUUGUUUUUCAUUUUCUUUUCUAGGGAGAGGGGUACAUUGAUGUAUUUUGUCCCACUACUCUUGAAAAAUUAGUUAUUUUUCAAGCAUUAUAUGAUAAAAAGGAAUGAAAUUUUUUUUGGUAUAUCGAAAAGAUAAAUUGCACCA